AUGGACGACAACAACUGUCCUCGCAUACCCGGCUUCACCCACAACGGCGACUGCAACCUCAUAUGCAAGUCCUCGGACUGGAAAGACAUCCUCGUCUUCUUCCUCGGCAACUACGGCGCCCAUGCCGCCACCGUCAUUGGCCGCCCCGGCCAGAGCAGCUUAACACGGGCUUUUAGCCUUGUCCUCGCUCUCUUCUUCCCCGGCGCCGGUGUCUUGACGGGUAUCACCGCUAUAGCCAGCCUUGCCCUCUUUGCUCCGACGGAGCUCACCAGGGCUGCGCGUGCGGGGGCGCUCUGCAUAGUCGUCAAGGCUGACAGGCACCCGGGCGCGACGCACGAUGUGGAGGCUUCGCAUCAGCAGGUUUCGUCUUCGGAGCACGACGAAACUCUCUCCCAUCAUCCAUCGCAGUUUCUCAGGUCCAUGGAGUCGCUCGCCUACCUGCGGGCUAUCGGCUUCUGCUACAACGCCAUCAAGGCCCUGAUAUCCAUAGGACAGCUGCUUUUCUCCGUUCUCACUCUCUACGAAACGCGUGGCAACCAGAUCGCCGUCUUUGGCUACGCGGCAUUUGGCCUCACCGCUGCGCCGUACUUUUGGAUGUCCCUGGUCAAUCUGCUCGGCAACUUGAUGUGUCCCCAGUACCCAAAUAUAUUCAUCGUCAAUUCGCCCACACUAGAUCAGCUCCGGACAGAAGCCGAGGGCAAAGGGCUUGCCCACAGGUACCCUUUCGACGGCACGGUCGGCCGGAUAAGCAAGGAGACUGAGGCGCGCGUGCUCGACGUCAACGGCCAUCUCCUCAGGUACACGACGGCCCUCGAAGUCUUUUUCAACAGGAUGGAUCCCGAAAAGAGCCCCGAGACCUGGACGCUCGUCUGCCACGCGGUUGUGGCAUAUAUGGUGGCCGCCGUACCCAUCGCCAUAGUAGGAGGGCUAUCGCGGUUCGAUCCGGGACAGAGCGCUGCCUAUCAGCGAGUCUGGACCAUGAUCUGGCUCUGCUUCGGGCCCAUGGUGGGAAUUGGAUACGGCAUGUGGGUGCUGCCGCUCUUUGAAUCCUGGCCCGUACUGUGGAGGACGAUGAUGAUUCGCAAGGAGGACGAGUUGAGCGAGGAGGCACUCGUGCUUGGGCACGAAAAGAAGACGACGAUCCAUGGCAACCAGGAGGAAGAAAAGACAAAGGGCCCGGGAGACGCUCGACCACCCAACGGCACGGUUGAGACGCGCUCGGGGGAUGCCCCGAGGGUUGUCAUCUGGACUCAGCUCGCCAGAUUUGCGCUUGUCGCGAUAUUCGUGUCCGUCUACAUGGCACCGGCUGUCGGCGGCUUCGUCGUGGUCGGGCAGAUGUUGAUGCAGUACGGAACCUGUAACAAGAUCAACUGA